AUGGCAAACAACAGUUUACAAAUAGCUCCCAUUAGUGCAAACUCUAGAGAAUUUGAAACCGAUUCGUUCUUUCAGUCAGGAAAAAGAAGCACUCUUACGCUAUUUAGCUCUUAUAGAAAUCCAACCAAAUUGUCUCAAUUUAAAAUAAUGAAAUCACUUGACGAAGACACUCAAUAUAAAAUUGAAUUCCAUUGGAGUCAUUUUUUUAUCGCCGUAGCAAUCCACUUUUCACAUAUUUUCUUUGGGCCAUUUAUUCUGCCUCUACUUUAUCUAGUUUUCGGAUAUUGCUUGUGUUCAAAUAUGAGCUUUUGCUUUAGUCGGCUGUAUUUACUUGAGUUUUUUUCGUUCAUGUGAACUAUUAUAACAUUUGUAUUUUGCUUUGUAAACCCUGAGCAAGCUCAUGAAUGAAUAGGGCUUGUAUUCUGUAGUGCAGCAAUUGUCGGAUUGAAGACGCUUCUGCUUUCUAUUAAAUACGGAUUUUAUAGUGAAAAAAGAUGAAAAGAAAUGAAAGAAAAGACAAUCGACAGAGAAAUUCUUAGAAAAGAAUUUAUUAUGCGUUCCUGACUUAAUAUACCGCAAGAAGUAAUUGAUUGGGAGUUGGAGAAAAGCUUUAUAAGGCAGAGCAAGUCUCCUUAUGAACUUUGUGUCUCUUUCGAGACUCCUUUAGGAGAUAGUUGCCAUAAGUACCUUACUGACCUUAUCGAAAAAAGUGGAGUUGAAAUUUUUCAUGAUAAUUCAUCACACUGCAAAAAUACUCAGUGCUAUCCUCUUAUAGUCAUAGCAAGCUUAUAUGUAAAACAAAUAUCAGAAGAUGUAUAGCUCAGGCACGAUAUUAGACAGUCUUGGGCUCUUUUUUGAUGAGCAACCCGAAUUUAUUCUCCAGCUUAUAUUGACGAGCCGACUCGGGGAGUUGGCAAAUGCUUCUUAUUAGGGAUAUUUGUCAGCUUCACGAGUUGGCUUGUAAUAUAAGCUGGAGAACUAGCCCAGGACAAUCUGAUAUCAUGCCUGGGCUAUAAUUAGUAAAUGGUGUAUGCGUUUUACAAUUUUAUUAUCACUAAUCUACACAAUUUUACCUUUUAUUGCAAAAUAUUGGAUUUAUGGAAGCUUCGCAAAUGAUAACAACCCUUUAUUUAUUUUAUUUGCAGUUAUAAGUGGUUUAUUUUCUCUAUGAGAAGUUUGAGGCUUUUUGACGUUCAUUUACAUUGGCAUAUGUGAUAUCAGAAGGAAAAAACUACUUAUGGAUGAAUGCACUGCAAUGAUCAGUGACUUAGAAAUAAAGCAUACGAUUACUUAUCUAAAUGACAUCCCUGUAUUGGAUAUGCGAGAUCCAAGAACUAUUGAGUCUUGGUAUUCAUUGAGAGUUGCACUUCUUGAUUUUGGCCGAAAGUAUACAGCUCGGGUGUUUGCAUACAUCUCUCUUGUCUUGCCUCUGUCUAUUACUAUGAUUUUAAUUUAUUUUUUGCAAAUUUUUGGGAUUAUAGGUGGUGCUUCAAGUGGUGCCUUAAUUUCGCUUCUAUAUCUUACUUUAUUAUGCUUACUCCCCCGCCCCUCCGUGAGUGAACAAAAAAAUUUUGUUCACUCAAGGAGGGGGGUUAAUUUUUUUUUUAAAAAUAUUUAUAUAUAAAUUUUAUAGAAAAUAUUUUUUUCGAAAUUUAAAAAAAAUCCUAAUUUGCAAAAAUUGGAAAGCAAAUAUUAAUGUAAUUUAUAAAAUUUAUGUUUUAAAAAAGCAAUUCGUUUAAAAUUAAAUAGAAUUAGCUCUAGAUUUCAUUAUACUAAUUAUCAUUUAUAUAUCAAAGAUUUUUUCCAUAAAAAAUUUUUCUAUUAAAAAAAUUUUUGUUCAUUCACGGAGGGUGGAUUUUUGGGCUAAAAAUAGGGAUUUUUCUAAUGGUUUUGUUCACUCACGGAGGGGGGGAGUUAGGAGUUGUGACAUAUAUGGUUUUUUUAGGUAUUGAAUCAAAUGAAGCAUUUGGCAUUCAUAAAGAUUUAUUAUUAAAUAUAAUAGGAAAUAUCAUGAAAGAAAAUGGAUACUCUGACAAUGAAAUUUCACCUCUGGCAUCACUAAGGCUUUUAAACUUUGUAGUUAAAAAAUUAAAGCAAGAUGAAGCCCUAAGGCCAGUAAAAAUAAUGUGGAUUAGAACAGACUCAGCUUUAUUUACAAAAAUAAUUGCUAUAUUACUUAGUGGGCUUAUUGCUGUACUUCAGUCAUUCGGGAAGCAGUAUGCAAAUUAA